AUGAAGCAAAGCCCAGGUUCCUCCUGGCUCCUCCUGCUGAUGGCUCUGAGGGCUGUGGGGCUGCCAGCCUAUGGAAAAAAAGGCAUCAAGUGUGGUGGGGUGCUCUCGGGGCCGUCAGGCAACUUCUCCAGCCCCAACUUCCCGGGGCUCUACCCCUACGACACGGAGUGCAGCUGGCUCAUCGUGGUGGCCGAGGGCAGCUCCAUCCUGCUCACCUUUCACGCCUUUGACCUGGAGUACCACGACACGUGCGGUUACGACUAUUUGAAAAUCUACAAUGGUGCCUCCAGUGACGAGGGCAAUCUCCUGGGCCAGUUCUGUGGCCAGAGCCGCCCGCCUCCCUUCACCUCCUCCUGGCACAUCAUGUCCGUCAUCUUCCACUCGGACAAGCACGUGGCCAGCUGGGGCUUCUCAGCAGGCUACCGGAAAGACACCUGCGGGGGGGUGCUCACCGGCCUGUCUGGAGUGAUCACCAGCCCGGAGUACCCCGGCAGCUACCCCAACAACGCAGAGUGCCACUGGGUCAUCAGGGCGUCCGGAUCUUCCACCAUCAAGCUGGUGUUUGCCGACUUCCAGGUGGAGAGCGAUCGAUCGUGUAACUACGACUACGUGGCGGUCAUUGAGGGGGGAGGCCCUGCCCGGGGCCGCCAUUACUGCGGCAGCACCAAGCCGCCAGACCUGGUGUCCCUGGGCCAGGAGGUGCAGGUGGUGUUCAAGUCUGACUUCAACAUCGCCGGCCGGGGUUUCAAGGCCUACUACUUCUCAGGGGAGUGCCAGGAAGUUUAUAUGGCCAUCAAGGGCAACUUCUCCAGCCCCCAGUAUCCCAACUCCUACCCCAACAACAUCCGCUGCCACUGGACCAUCCAGAUGCCCCCCGGCUACCGGAUCAAGGUGUUCUUCCUGGAUCUGGACCUCGAGGAGCGGAACGUGCUGACCAACAGCUGCGACUUCGACCACCUGGCGGCCUUUGACGGGGCCAGUGAAGCCGCUGCCCUCCUGGGGAGGUGGUGCGGGCGAGAGGUGCCCGCGGCCAUCACGAGCAGCCACCACCAGCUCCUCCUGGUCCUGCACACGGACCGCAACACGGCCAGACGCGGCUUCUCCGUGGCCUAUAUCGGAGUGGUCCCCAUGAACGUCAGCUGUACCCGCACCGACUUCCAGAUCCAGAUCUCCAUUCAGUCACUGGCCCAGCUGGAUCGGAGCCAGAUCUACCUGGGAAGCCGAAGCUGCCCAGCACAGGUGGUUGGGGACCACUUCAGAAUCCAGGCCCGGUUUGAUACUUGUGGCACCGAAUCCCAGAAAAGGAACAACACAGCUGUGAUCGUCAGUGUCCUGUACAUCGACUUUUCGGGCAUGGUCGGACAGGAGGAGAUCCAUAAAUACGAGCUGCGCUGCGAGCCCCGGAAGAAGGAGGCCUCGGUACACCUGCUGGCCGGCUCCGGCUGGCUUGGCCCCUACGGCGGCGCAGAGCACCUGCUCGAAGCCCCGGCCCAGGCGGAGGCCAAGGCCCAGGGGCAGCUGGGGGCCAGCCUGACCCAGGACACUAGUGACAUCGUCUUCCUGGCCAUCUGCAUUCUGGCCGGAAUCCUCAUGAUCAUUGCCAUCGUGGGGCUGGUGCUGCUGUGA